CCUCUCCACUUAGUCCACCCUGAACCAACCAUGAGCCAGUAGCCACAACAGACCUCAAGGAAGCCACAUCUGGAGAGCUGGGGUGGGGGUACAACAUCGCAAAACACCUGGCUGCACACCGGCCAGUCAUCCCUUUUUGGGAAGCCACAAGGAAACUCUUUGGCCUAAAACAGAGACCAGCAGAAACAGCUUUCUGCCCUCACCCCAUCCCCCCCAUGCCCGAUUCCUCCUGCUCCCCAUCUGCCCGCCCACUGAAGUCCAUGCCGCAUGUCACUUCUCGAACAUCCAGGGUGGCCCACCCCGGGCGCCCUUCUGACCAAAAGAACAUCUCUCCGAGUGCCAGUAGAGUGAUAGUGAAGACCCCAGGCAGCCAAGAAGACUUCAUGAUAGCUGAUGACACCUCGGUGAGGCAGUUCAAGGAGAAGCUCUCAGCUCACUUCCAGUGCCACAUAGAUCAACUUGUGCUCGUUUUCAUGGGCCGUCUCCUCAAAGACCAGGACACACUGAGCCAAAGGGGCAUCCUAGAUGGCCACACCAUCCACUUGGUCAUCAAGUCCAAACACCCCUCCAGAUCCGUGAUCCAUUCUUCCCAGAAUUCAUCGGCCAGUGAGUUUUGCCAUCAGAACAGAAGCGCCAAAAGGAACAGCAGUGGGGUACACCAGCCUGCUCAUGUGAGCCGCACCCCAGUAGAGCCAGCCCUCUCUGCCCAGCUCGGUGCUUCCCAGGAUCUGGAAGUAAACAGUCCGGAGUAUCCAACACAGAUGCUGGAGAAUCCUCUCAUCCAGCAGCUGCUGUCCAACAGGGACGUUUUGAGACAGUUCCUCUCAGAACACCCAGACAUACAACAGUUGAUACAACAGAACCCAGAGGUCUCACACAUCCUUGACUACUCUGAGAUCUUAUGGCAGACUCUGGAACUGGCCAGGAAUCUUGCCCUGAUUCAAGAGAUAAUGAAAAUUCAGCAGCCUGUUCAGAAUCUCGAGUACCCUCUGAGCCAGCAGUCACAUCUGGGCUCAGAGACAAUUCCCGAUGGAGACAAUGCCCAGAGCUAUCCGCUUUUCAAUGACCAGAUCCACAGCUUGCAAGAUGACUUUGGGGGCAACAUUUUCACAGCUCUCCUGCAAGGGCAAGCACCCAAAGAAGCCCAACCUUCACCCCCAUCUUCACCAACACCCCAGGGAUGUCAGGACCAGCUCCCACAGCUCCCAACAACCCGAGUCAUCUACACGAGUUCUCGAGGUUUAUCCUCCAUCACCUCAACCAAUGGUACCACCAACAAGGUGAACUAUUCUUCCCGGACCAAUGCUGCUGCCUCUGUCUCCACCAAGGCUCAGAAUCACAUGUGUGCUAUGCAGCAGCCAGCUGAGGUACCGGCCUUACCAAGCACGGAGUUCACUCAGCAGUCCCUGACAGAGGACAGAGAAGCCACCAUCUCUGUAAACAGUGCUGAGCACAGAUCAGAGGAUGACCUCCAGCUACCGGAUGAGCAGAGCAGCUCCCAGAUCCCAGGAAACAUGUUACAGUUGCUUCUGAACAAUCCUGGUUUGGUAGCCAAGAUGAUGAUGUUCAUGAGUAUGUUCCAGCUGAAUGAACAGAGCAAGCAAGAUCUGCAAGAGUCAUUCCUCCAGCAGACACAGCUUUCCGACAUACUUAUGUCCCUGGCCAACCCUCGAGCUUCCCAAGCUAUCUCGCAGAUUGAGCAAGGUCUGAAGCUGUUGGCCACAGAGACUCCUGUUCUUCUAUCCUGGGUGGCACCCUACCUAUGGGGCCUGGGUUGGCUUCCUGCUCCCAACUGGAACUACCCUGACACAGUGCCCUGUGCCUGGAAUGAGUCACGUGUGGCGAAACCUAAAAGGCCUCAGUGCUGCCACAAAUCUGCCACGCUCCUUCAGAAGCAGCAGUCGCUAGCCGGAGACCCUUCCCAACUUCUGCAAGCCCCUGAGAUUCGUUUCAGCAAGCAAAUGGAGUAUCUCCAGGCCAUGGGGUUUGGGAACCACCAAGCAAAUCUACAAGCGCUUAUCGCUACCCAGGGGGACACCAGCGCUGCCAUUUGCAAACUCAAGAGGUCACAGGGAUUCUGAACACCCUGCCUGCUGACUCAACUGCACCUGCUUGCUGACCCACCUUACUUACCUUUUCUGCCUCUUCUGAUGUUCCCAGUCAGGAGAAGUCCUGAAAUUGAAGAAACCAACCAAUGCGUUAUCUACUGAACAACGGAUCAUUGGCCGUGGCUGGGAGCUCUGGCAAUAAAAUGGCUACACCCUCCUGUUCCCCUUUAA